CGAGGGUGAAUCAGUCGCUCCUCGGAAUCCCGAAAGAGAUUGUGAAACUAACAGUUUAAAAAAAACAAAAACAAAACAAAUUAAAUUCCACAAAAAGUUUGCUCAAAGUUUUCGUUUUUAACUUUGGCGAGUAUCGCUAGCGUGUUUUAUCGUACGAACGAUUGGAUGUAAAAUUAUAAAACAUAUACCUGGGAACUUAAAAAAAAAAAAAAACAAAUUUCCACCAAACCGAGUUACGGGAGAAAGUUUCGAACAGUGACUUUAUAUACAAAUAUUACACACGCAAACACUUUUUGUGCAUCUGAAAUAUAGUCGUAAACUCGUCAUGGCUCAGACGUAUAAUCAUCAGAAGAGGAACAAUGUGUACAGCAUCGAUCAAAUUCUGGGCCAUGCGAAAGAAGAAGACCUUGGUGUAGAACACGCGACGCCAUCGGAUCAGGACGGUGAAAACUGCGAAACGGAGUUGGGUCAUCUGAGUGAUCACCAGAUGAACGAAAGCAUCAACGACCCACUUGACAUGGGGGAAACCGACCGGCCGAGGAAAGUCCGGCGGUCCAGAACCACCUUCACAACCUACCAGUUACACCAGCUCGAAAGGGCGUUUGAGAAAACUCAGUAUCCCGACGUUUUUACCAGAGAAGAACUAGCCAUGAGGCUGGAUCUUUCGGAGGCCAGAGUUCAAGUAUGGUUCCAAAAUCGUCGAGCUAAAUGGCGGAAGAGAGAGAAAGCGCUGGGACGUGACACGAGUUUUAUGCACGUUGACCAAGGAGGUGUAAACGAGCUCUCGUUGCACGCUCAUCUUCUCCAGACUGCGGCAGCGGGACUUCCGGGAGGAGAUUCGAGCUCGCCGUCGUCCGGUGGUUUCCCGUGGUUCAUACCGCCGGUGUUUCCACCCCCGUGGGCGACGGGGGCACCGAAAUUAGCCCCCCUGCACGCGAUCUUGUCCCAGUACAUCGGGCUGCCGUUGCCGCCGAAUUUAGCGUCGCUGGCGGGCGCCGGACUUCCGCUCGGGGGUUCGAUGGGCUCGAUGAAUCACCCGACGAUCGCUUCUCAGCUCGGGGGUGGCGCCUCGCACCCCGUAAACCCGAGCCAGCUCCACCACCUGCCCCUAAAUCUCGGCGUUCAGAAUCUCCCCCAGAACUUGAGCGCCAAGCACGACAGGGACGAGGACUCCACGUCCUCGGACGACGAGGUCAGAAGACAGAGUGCCGAGAUCCUGAGAGUCAAGGCUCAGGAGGCGAUUCGCAAGACGGACAAUUAACUUAUAGGAGAAUUCGUCGGUAGCCGUUUCGCCACUCGUUUCUUUUCCCGUUCAUUCGUUUUUAGAAAAGACAUCCGGAUGACGUUGUAGCUCGUAGCCAGGAUCGAAACUUCUUCGACAUUGUUUUCAUUCCCCCGGACGAUAUGUGAACUAAGGAUAAAGACGCGUAGUAACGAUAAAUCUCGAUUGAAUUAUAAGGUAGGGGCGAAAAAGUAAAAGGAGAAAAAUUUCGACUACAGAGUAUAUGAAUAUAAAAUAUCAUACAUCUGUACGUGGAUUGAAGCCGAUUUCUCGAUUAUUACGGACGAAGGCUUUCCCACCCGUGCAUUGUACCUAAUAUACAUAUACAAUAUAGCAUAGAGAGUUUUGUAAAAAAAUAUAUCGUGUACACGUAUAUACACACGUCGGUAUAUCAUGUAUCUAUUAUCGUGUAUUACUUGUGUAAAUAUGUAUUAUUGAAUAGGUUAUGAUUAGGAUACGAUUCAAUACUGAUCAUAAUAUUAAUAUUAAUAAUACCGAUAAUAAUAAUCCUACGAUAUAGAGAAGA